GGGUGUUUUUGCUCCCAGACGGCUCUGCAGCCUCCCAGGGAGCAGCCCGGGAGCCGCCCCAACAUCCAGCCUUUUUGGAUUCUUUUAGAAGAUUCAACAGUAAGACUCUUCUCUCUCCACUUUCCUUUCGUCCCAGAAAGCGGAAUCUGCAAAGUGCUUUGUAAAGUUCCUUAAGGUAAUCCUGUCUUACCGGGAGCAGGGCUGCAGCAGUGGUGUCCUGCCUUCAGUGACCCGGCCUUGGAGCUCAGCUCCCCUCGGCACCCUGAGCGGAUUUAAUGAAUUGAGCCACCAUUGUAGCCAAAAUGAAUCCCAAGGAAGAAAAAGUAAAAAUAAUUACAGAGGAGUUCAGCGAAAACAAUGAUGUCGCAGAGGUAGGCAGACAGAAGAAGACUUCAAAGGUUGCAAGACAAAAAAGAAAGAACCGGCUGCCCACCGCUGGCCCCGAGGAGAUGGUGUCUGAAAAUCCCCACCUGGGCGGCCAGCAGGAGCCCGAGCAGGAAGAUUCUGACACUCGCCCCCUGAGCAUGAUGAGCCGUCGAGGCCCACGGAGCUUACCUCCAAUUCCUUCAGCUUCCAGGACAGGCUUUGCAGAAUUUUCCAUGAGGGAACGCAUGAGGGAGAAAUUACAAGCUGCAAGGUCCAAAGCAGAAAGCACGUUGCUGCAGGAAAUCCCCACCACUCGGCCCAGGCGCUUACAAAGUCCCAGCAAGAAAGAAUUGGAGACUGAAUUUGGCACAGAGCCAGGUGAAAAGGUACAAAGGACUAAACAAGAAGACGAUUCCCAAAGCUACUCAAGAGUAAAGUUCCGUGAUUCUGCACAAAAAAUCAAGUCUAAACCCCCGGUUCCACCUGGCUUCCCUUCUGCCGAAGAAGCCUAUAACUUCUUCACUUUCAACUAUGAUCCUGAACCAGAGGAAUCAGAGGAAAAAUCACAAACCAGAAAUAGAGAUGAAACUAACCAAGAGGAGGAGGAAGGAGAGGAAGAAGAGCCAACUGUGCAUGGAGAACACAAAACGGUAAUGCAGGAUGAGGAAGAGCUGCUUAGUGCUAAGGAUGCCGAGGAUUUUCUACUGGGCUUGGACCACGCAGCGGAGGAUUUUGUGGCAGUCAGACCUGCAGAUUACGAAAGCGUUCACGUUAGGCUGCAGAGGGAAAAAGAACUCCUGUUCGUACCCAGUAGACUGACAGUGCCCACGUAUAAAAAGCUUCCUGAGAAUGUGCAGCCCAGAUUUCUGGAAGACGAAGGCCUUUAUAUUGGAGCAAGACCAGAGGUGCCUCGCACCUGUCAGAACAUCGUGGAGAACAGGCUGCUGACGCAGGACCCCGGAAGAAAGUGGUUUGGAGAUGACGGGAGAAUCCUAGCACUGCCAAAUCCCACCAAGGGGUUUCCUUCAAGACCACCAAUGUUGACACAGGAACAAGACAUUAAGGCAGAACUUGAAACAUUGUAUAAAAAGGCCAUAAAAUAUGUCCAUAGAAGUCAGCAUAUGAUUGGAUCUGGAGACACCCCUGGAAAUUUCCAACUGGACAUUGAUAUUUUAGGGUUAAUCUUCACUCAUCAUCCCUGUUUUAGCCGAGAGCAUGUUUUGGCAGCCAAGUUGGCGCAAUUAUAUGACCAGUACCUUGCAAGACACCAGAGAAACAAGGCAAAAUUCCUUACUGAUAAGCUCCAAGCUCUCAGAAUUGCAGUUCAGACAGGACUUAAUCCAGCAAAAACUCAUAAGUCUCUCGAUACAACCCAAAAAACCAUCAAUGAGUAUAAGUCUGAAAUUCGGAAGAAUGUUUCUUGGGGCACCCGGGUGGCUCAGUCAGUGAAGUGUCUACUUUCAGUUCUGGAUUCGACUAUCAUUCAUAAAGAAGACUUAAAGCAAACAAGAAAAUUACGUGACGCUGAACAGGAGAAAGAUCGAACGUUGCUUAAAACCAUCAUAAAAGUUUGGAAGGAAAUGAAAUCCCUUCGAGAAUUUCAGAGGUUUACAAAUACACCCUUGAAACUUGUUUUGAGAAAGGAAAAAGUUGACCAGAAAGCAGAUGAAGAAGCAUAUGAAGCAGAAAUUCAAGCGGAAAUAAGUGAGUUGUUGGAAGAGCACAUGGAAGAGCAUGAACAGAAGAUGGAAGCAUACAGAGCCGCAUACCAGCAGUGGAAAGCCUGGAAGAAAGCCCAAAGGGCCAAGAAGAAGAAAAAGAAGCAAGCAGUCGAAGAACAUCCCGAUGAGGAGAUGGAGGAGCCGUAUCCCGGGGAGGAACCUGUAAAACCGGUGCCCCCGGAACCCACCGACCGGGCCCUGAUAGAGCAACAGGUGAGAGAGAGGGCAGCCCGGAGCAGAAGAAGGCCUGGGGAGCCCACUCUGGUCCCAGAGCUGAGCCUGGCGGGGAGCGUCACACCCAAUGAACAGUGUCCCAGGGUGGAGGUCUUACGAAGGGAGGAUGUCAAGAAGCGCUCAGUAUAUCUAAAGGUGAUCUUCAAUGACAAGGAAGUGUCCAGGACCGACAGUCGGCCACUAGGGGCAGACUUCCGAGUUCACUUUGGACAGAUUUUCAAUUUGCAAAUAUUCAACUGGCCAGAGAGUUUAACAUUACAGGUAUAUGAAACAGUUGGACACAGUGGUACGACUUUGCUAGCAGAAGUGUUUCUGCCUAUUCCUGAAACUACCGUUGUCACUGGAAGGGCUCCUAUUGAAGAAGUGGAAUUUAGCAGUAACCAGCAUGUAACACUGGACCACGAAGGAGUUGGAAGUGGAGUGCCCUUCUCAUUUGAAGCUGACGGUAGUAAUCAAUUGAUUCUAAUGACAUCGGGGAAAGUCUCCAACAGUGUGGCAUGGGCCAUUGGAGAAAAUGGGAUACCUUUAAUUCCUCCACUGUCACAGCAGAACAUCGGAUUUAGAAGUGCUUUGAAGAGGGCAGAUGCCAUCUCGUCUAUUGGUACGUCAGGACUGACAGACUUGAAAAAAUUGGCCAAAUGGGCAGCAGAGUCCAAGCUCGACCCAAACGACCCCAACAAUGCCCCCUUGAUGCAGCUAAUCUCGGUUGCUACCAGCGGUGAAUCCUAUGUCCCUGAUUUCUUUCGACUGGAACAGCUGCAACAAGAAUUUAACUUUGUCUCAGAUGAGGAAUUAAAUAGAUCUAAACGAUUCAGGCUUCUUUGUCUUAGAAGCCAAGAGGUGCCAGAAUUCCGAAAUUAUAAACAAAUUCCAGCAUAUGACCGAGAAAUUAUGGAAAAAGUAUUCCAGGACUAUGAAAAACGUUUACAAGACAGAAAUGUAAUUGAAACCAAGGAUCACAUAGAUACUCAUAGGGCCAUAGUAGCCAAGUACCUCCAACAGGUUAGAGAAUCAGUAAUAAAUCGUUUCCUGAUUGCAAAACACCAUUUUCUUCUUUCGGAUUUGAUAGUAGAAGAAGAAGUUCCUAAUAUCAGCAUUCUGGGGCUAAGCCUUUUCAAGCUGGCAGAACAAAAGCGACCACUAAGGCCAAGGAGAAAAGGUCGGAAGAAGGUGACGGCCCAAAACCUGUCCGAUGGAGACAUAAAGGUGUUGGUGAACAUUAUCCGGGCUUAUGACAUUCCCAUAAGGAAGCCAACGACAAGCAAAUUCCAGCAGCCUUCAAGAUCUUCAAGGACUUUCAGCGAGAAGCGUGCUGCUUCCCCAACCACACACAGCCCAACCCACAGUUCGGACUACCCCCUCGGCCAGGUUUUAGUACGUCCUUUUGUGGAAGUUUCUUUUCAACGAACGAUUUGCCACACAACAACAGCAGAAGGACCAAAUCCCAGCUGGAAUGAAGAACUUGAACUUCCUUUUAGGGCUCCCAAUGGGGAUUACAGCACAACAAGUUUGCAGUCAGUGAAAGAUGACGUGUUCAUUAACAUUUUCGAUGAAGUGCUGUACGAUGUCCUAGAGGAUGACCGUGAAAGAGGAAGUGGAAUCCACACCCGUAUUGAGAGACACUGGUUGGGAAGCGUGAAAAUUCCAUUUAGCACGAUAUAUUUCCAAGCCAAGAUUGAUGGAACAUUUAAAAUAGACAUUCCCCCUGUUCUUCUGGGCUACAGUAAGGAGCGAAGCAUGAUUAUGGAGCGGGGUUUUGACUCUGUACGAAGCCUGAGUGAAGGCUCCUACAUCACCCUGUUCAUUACCAUCGAGCCUCAGCUGGUUCCCGGGGAGUUGGUUCGAGAAAAGUUUGAUUCUCAGGAAGAUGAGAAAUUGCUUCAAGCAACAGAGAAGUUUCAAACUGAAUGUGCCUUAAAGUUUCCACAUCGCCAGUGCCUCACAACAGUGACUGACAUAAGUGGAAAAACUGUCUUUGUCACUCGUUACCUGAAGCCUUUAAACCCUCCACAGGAGCUCCUGGAUGCCUGUCCCAACAAUCCUCAGGCAACGGCAGAACUGGUGGCUCGAUAUGUGUCAUUGAUUCCUUUCUUACCUGACACUGUUUCAUUUGCUGGCAUCUGUGACCUGUGGAGCACAUCUGAUCAAUUUCUGGAUCUCCUAGCAGGAGAUGAAGAAGAGCAUGCAGUAUUACUAUGUAAUUAUUUUCUCUUUCUGGGAAAGAAGGCCUGGCUCAUGAUGGGCAAUGCUAUUCCUGAGGGUCCAACUGCCUAUGUGCUAACUCGGGAGCAAAGUCACUAUUUAAUAUGGAAUCCCUGCAGUGGACAUUUUUAUGGUCAAUUUGAUACAUUCUGUCCCUUAAAAAGUGUGGGCUGUUUAAUUGGUCCUGAUAAUAUUUGGUUUAAUACUCAACGAUACGACUCCCCACUACGGAUAAAUUUUGAUGUCACCAAACCCAAGCUAUGGAAAUCUUUCUUUUCAAGAAGCCUUCCAUAUCCUGGCCUUUCCAGUAUUCAGCCAGAAGAACUAAUUUACCAGCGCACAGACAAAGCGGCUGCAGCUGAGCUACAAGACAGGAUUGAAAAAAUACUGAAAGAAAAAAUCAUGGACUGGAGGCCACGCCAUCUGACUAGAUGGAACAGGUACUGUACCUCCGCGCUACGACACUUCUUACCUGUGUUAGAAAGAAGUCGAGGAGAAGAUGUAGAAGAUGACCAUAGAGCAGAGCUGCUCAAACAGCUGGGAGACUACCGGUUCUCUGGAUUUCCCCUUCACAUGCCCUAUUCUGAACUGAAGCCUUUAAUUGAAGCAGUGUAUAGCACCGGAGUACAUAAUAUUGAUGUUCCUAAUGUUGAAUUUGCUUUAGCUGUAUAUAUCCACCCAUACCCCAAAAAUGUUUUGUCUGUCUGGAUUUAUGUUGCCUCCCUUAUACGCAACAGGUAAUUUUUUCAUUGUAUACUUUUUUUAUCAUGUAAAAACUGUAAGGUAUGAGGAGAUUUUUAAGUGAUACUGAUCACAUAAAUUAUUUGUAAAUAAUGAAAUAAAACUAUCAUUAUUUUCAAAAUAA